AACCACAUCUAACUCCUCUCCACCAAACAUUAACUGGAAUGAAAAAGAUAAGAGAAGACUAGAAUGUUUGAUGGAGCAAACUUUGACCAAGUUAUAUCAUGUCCUCCUCUACCCCUGCAGUCACUUUUCACUGUAGCUGGACUGAAAACACACCUGGCUGUAAACUGCACUGACAGGACCUCCUCUGUAUUUGGGGCUGCCUCAGGAAUGAGUUAAAAACUGAAGAUUAACCACAGAAACCACUUUGUCCACUGACAAGACGACAGUAAUCCCAGUUAAAGUAGGAGUGUGUGUUCUGAGAUGCAGCAUUCAGGUAGUUUAGAUUGUCUGAGUCCUGCUGAGUUGAGGCUGUUAAUCAGGCAGAAGGACUCCAGGAUAAGAACCACGACGGGAUUAGCUGAUGGAUACCAGCAGGCCGGUGUGGUCGUCCUGCCCAAUCAUCUAGCAGAUGACUUUGAAGCCUUCUGUCGCAGUAAUCCCGCCCCCUUGCCGCUCCUUUAUCGCAGCCAAUCAGGAGAGACUUCCUGUCCACCUCUGGCUAAACAUGCUGACAUAAGCACCAACCAGCCAGCUCCUUCUUCACACCUCAGCUCUCUACCACCACCAUCACCCCUCCUCCUCUAACUCCCCACCACCACCAUCACCCCUCCUCCUCUAACUCCCCACCACCACCAUCACCCCUCCCCCUGCCACCCUCCUCCACCACCCCCAGCCUCUCCAUAACAGCUGAUCAGGUGAGAAGUGAGCUUAAAAAGAUGAAGACCAGGAAAGCUGCAGGUCCUGAUGGAAUCAGCUCCAGACUCCUUAGAGACUGUGUAGACCAGCUCUGUCAGGUGCUGCUGCACAUCUUUAACCUGAGCCUGAGUCUGGAGAGGGUUCCUGUUGUUACAACUCGGCUCUUCAGUUGCAACAAAGAUGCUGAGACCACCACUGUAUGAUGCAAAAACAAAGCUUUUAUUGCCCAACAAAAUACUGUGCCACGGCUGCCCAGGCCCAACUCAGCCAGAUCUCUAUGAGGGACUGGAGCUCCCCGGACACAACGCUCCUGUCAGCGAGAGGCCCCGACUGGAAAAGGAGAGCGAUUAAGUACUGCUGAGCCACUGAUUGCAAAUGUGGCUCGGUCAGGUGGCGACACUCAGCUCCUGAUCAGGCGCACCCGGUGGCGAGCUGGAGGGUCGUCACACUGUGUUAUGGAAGACUUCCUGCCUGGUUCCUGUCUCUAAGACCAGGAACCCCAGGGAGCCUAACCACUUCAGACCUGUGGCCCUCACUUCUCACCUGAUGAAGACCAUGGAGAGGAUCGUCCUCAGGAACCUCCGUCCCCAGGUGAGCCCACAUCUGGAUCCACUGCAGUUCGCCUACCAACCGAACAUUGGAGUGGAUGAUGCAGUGGUCUACCUGCUGCACAGAUCACUGACUCAUCUAGAGAACACCAGCAGCAUUGUGAGGGUCAUGUUCUUUGACUUGUCCAGUGCUUUCAACACAAUCCAGCCUUCUCUGCUCAGGGUGAAGCUUGAAGGAGCAGGAGUAGACUGUCACCUGGCUGCUUGGACCAUCGACUACCUCACCAACAGACCACAGUACGUGAGGCUUCAGGACUGUGUGUCUGAUGUGGUAGUCAGCAGCAUGGAGGUCCACAGGGGAAAGUCCUCUCCUCCUUUUUCUUCACCCUGGACACAUCAGACUUCGAUUAUACCUCUGGGAGCUGUCACCUCCAGAAGUUCUCCGAUGAUACAGCCAUUGUUAGGUUUGUAUCUGAGGGGGAUGAGAGGAAGUACAGGACGGUCAUCUCUGACUUUGUUGACUGGUGUGAGCGAAACCAUCUGCAGCUCAACGCCAGUAAGACGAAGGAGAUGAUCAUCAACUUCCGCAGGAGGAGGACACCCCAGACUGCACCGGUGAACAUCCAGGGUUUGGACAUUGAGAUGGUGAACUCAUACAAAUACCUGGGUGUUCACCUCAACAACAAACUGGACUGGACACAUAACACAGAGGUCCUGUACAAGAAGUGGUCUCCACCUGCUGAGGAGACUGAGGUCCUUUGGAGUGUGCAGGACUCUGCUCCAGACAUUCUAUGACUCUGUGGUAGCGUCUGCUAUCUUCUAUGCAGUGGUCUGCUGGGGAGCAGGGAGCACUGAAAGGGACAGAAAGAGACUAAACAGAAGGUCAGGAGGAGGUUCUGUCCUGGACUGUUCCCUGGACUCCAUAGAGGAGGUGGGUGAGAGGAGGAUGUUGGCAAAGCUCACAUCCAUCAUGGACAAUCCCUCUCACCCACUGCAUGAUACUGUGGGGUCUUUAAGCAGCUCCUUCAGCAGCAGACUGAGACAUCCACCCUGCAAGAAGGAACGCUAUCACAGGUCCUUCAUUCCAUCUGUUGUAAGACUGAACAACAUCAGCAUCACUGGCUGAUGUUAACAUAAACUGGACUUACAUCAUAUCAUCUUAAAUCAUGGUAAAAUCUGCACAACAAUUCCUUGCACUGCUGCAUUAUUUAUAGUUAGUAAUACUGUAUUUAUUCAUAUCUCAUCCUUCAUUCUUGUAUAUAUUGUAUAUAUUAUUGUUAUUAUAAUUAUUAUCUUUACUGUACAUAUAGUUAGUGCUGCUCUGAAAGAUUUUUGCUGCUGUAACAAUAGAAAUUUCCCCUGACCUGGGGAGUAAUAAAGGACCAUCUUAUCUGAUCUGAUCUGAUCUGAUCUGAUCUUA